GUGCGAAUUCGUUCUCCGUUCGCACCCGCCACUCGUCCUCUUCCCUGAGCUCGCCAGCCACAAACACCCCCAAAUUCGUACAAGGAAUCACCUGCUCUUCUUCAAAACGGGGGAGAGUCAAAAAAGAACGCAAGAAAACCGGACAGAAAAAUAAUAAUUAUUAUCGAGGCAGUCGAAAGACGCCGUCGUUAAGACUUUUUCAGGUGCGUACCAGUGCGACCGUGAGCGUUACUCGCACCGUUUGCAUCUCGCACAAGUACUCAUUUAGCACUAGCUUAGUCGUAGCAAUGAUGGGCAUGCGUGAUCGUCGCCCGUUGCUGGGCAAGGAUACAGCGGCGGAGCUCAACAUGCCGGCCGAAACGGCGAGGGAGCGCCAGGCGCGUGAAAAUAAGCGGCAAGCGAAAGAUACCCGACGAGGCGUCCUUAGCUACCUUCUUUUCAUCGCCGUUUUCCUCGGCAUCCCUCUGCUCAUCGUCGUGCGCCUCACCCCGUUUUUCGUCUUUCAGAACCUACGAUGCCGCCUGCGGGAGAAGUACAUCUGGUCAGACAGCACCGUCAAUGCGAUGGAGGCGGGCUACACUCGCUACUUCAACGAACCCCCGCUCUACCCUUCGAAGGAAUACAACCGUACCAUGAGGUGGGGCACGUACGAACCUAGCCGCAUCUUUGCGGUGAAGAGUCGCACGCCGGAGCCCGUGACGGUGGGCCUUGCGUGGUACGACUCCGCCAAGGUGCACCCGCUGCGGCACUUGAUGCCCUACAUGCACAACAAAGUCAACGCCCCGCGAUCGGCGCAGAAGACGGGCCGCGACGCGGAGGUGAUGCACGUGCAGUGGGUCCUCAACGACGGCCUGCAUUACGCCAAGGAGGUGGUGGACGACCACGGCAACAAGGCGUCGAUGGAGCUAGAACUCUUGAAGAGUCCAUUCGCGGACGCCUGGCAUGUGCGUGUGCACGGACGCGUGGAGAGCGCCAGCCCGCUUGUGAUGGUCGUCUACAUGACGCACGCAGACCAGCAGGAGAGUAUUGAGAUGGUGGCGCCUGUGGAGCACAACGACGGCGAUUGGAGCCCGGUGUUGAAGAGCCGCAUGCAGGCGGAGGGCGAGGCGGAGCACACGGACUUCACGCUGCGCGUCUACGAUGACCACAACCCGCUCUUCGACACGGCCCCGUGGGAGGUGUACGGGCUGCAGACGGACGCGGAGGAGGCUUUUGCACGGACGGCCGUGGACGCCGUUGGCGUGCUGCCAGCGGAGCGCGCGGCGGCGGGUGGCAGGGGCAUCGGCGGGGGCCGCGACGUCGGUGAGCUGCAGCAGCAGAAGCUGGACCUGCGACAGCUCCCAGAGUCCUCGUUCGCCUACAUUACCGAAAAAGACCCCAGGACGUUCAAAACGCCGUCGCCUGACGUGUCGCACAACGUGAUUGUGCUUCGCAAAGCGUACGACUCCAGCUUCCGCCUCGAGCUCUCGCUGAGCCCGGCGGUCCACACCACCGAGGACGCAGGGAAAAGCAAAAUUGGGAGCUUGGCACCGCGCUACGAGGCACUGAGCACGUGCCAACUGACGAACGUGCUGCGGUGGCGCUACAAGGCGAUUGGCCGGCACACCGCAAAGGUCUUCCACCCGUGGCUCACGCUUUUCAACAGCACCAAGGCACUGUACGAGCGCAUCGCCACCCACACGUUGGGCGAGCUGCUGGGGUCCUUCGUCUUCUCCAGCGGACACUACCUGCAGACGGAGGCAGAGAUGGACGACGCGUGGGACGCCCGCGGGACGGCCGAGGAGUUGUGGGGCACGCAGCAGCUGCAGCCGUCCCCGCAGCGGGUGAGCGCCGUCGCCGCGAUCGGCUCCCGCACCGACGAGGCGUUCGGCCAGGCCGCCCUCACCGGUCUGCCGCUGCUCUUCCUGACGCGCUGGAACAAGGAGAUGGUGAAGGACAUCCUGGCCUCGUGGUUCUUGGGCGCGCAAGACGUGAAGACGGGCUUCCUGCCUAACCGCGCCGUCUUCAGCGCCGACACCCGCUCCUUCACCCCGCUCUCCCUCCGCUACGAGCAUCCCACCUUCGCCUCCCCGCCCACGCUGCUCUUGGGCCUGGAGGAGUUGUUGAAGGAGAUGAGACGCAAGGAGGCACGGCUGACCACCGCCAAUCGUCAGAAGACGCGCAACACACCUGCAUACUACGAGAAGGAGAAAGCGUCUGAUGAGGCCUUCCUCCGCCUUCUCCUGCCUGCCCUAAAGCGGUGGCGGCGGUGGUGGCACACGACGCAGUGUGGUGGCGCGACCGACGACCUCGCUCGCCACUGCCGCUCGCGCCUUCCGCUGGAGGAGUGGCCGCGGGAGCCGAUCGACGGUCAGCCGGAGACCCUGCUGGUCUACCGCUGGCGUGGACGCGAUGGUCACCGUCUGCCCACUAGCGGCAUGGAGGACUACCCUCGUCCCGUCUGCGCCGGCGAGCACCAUCGCGAGGCCCAUGUGGACGCCUUUGCGUGGGUGGCGCUGCUGAGCCGCCUCAUCAGCCACAUCGAGGUAGACUUCCUUCACGUGCCGGAGAGUGUGCAGGUGGACUGGGAGGCGCACCUCGACGCCGUGCACUGGGAUGCGGGGCGGCUGCGGUACAGCGACCGGGUCGGGUGCGACAGCUGGUUCUUCUCGCCGUACUUUGGCUACGUUAAUCUCUACCCGGUGAUGUUGGGCGUGGUGCGCCGCAACUUGCCGAGGGCCGCGCACAUCAUCGCCCUCGCGAAGGCGGAGUUGGAGAGCCCGUAUGGACUGAUGUCCGUCUCCUUCAACUCGGUGCGCCUCGCGCGGGAGUCCGGCCUCCCGCACAGCAACAUGUGGAUGGGCUACGUGUGGCCCUCCACCAACUUGCUGUUCCUGUACGGCGUCAAGUCGCAUUACUUGGACGUCCUGAACAGCACGAACUGCGGUGACGGCAGCAUGACAGAGGCGCAGCUGCGCACGUUCUACGAUAGCCUGCGUGUGAGUGUCGUGGAGACGAUCCACGGCGGGUCGCGCUGGUGGGAGUACUACAACCCGAUUGACGGCAGCGGUGAGGGCAGCAAGACGUCGGUGGCGGCGCGUAGUUUUCUGUUAGGACUGCUGGAUAAUUUUGCGUAA